GUAAGUUUUAUUUAAUAGUUAAAUAUUGAAAUAAAAUUAUUAUUAUUAUUAUUAUUAUUUUGUUUUUUCUUUUUAAGAUGCAUCAUCUAUGGAUAAGAAACAGAAACAAUUCGAUAAAUUAAUUAGUGAAUGGAGACAAAAAUGUGAAGAUAUUACUAUUGAACUUGAAAUGUCACAAAAAGAAUCUCGAAGUUUUUCAACAGAAUUAUUUAAACUUAAAACACAAUAUGAAGAAUCACAAGAACAAAUUGAAUCACUUCGUAAAGAGAACAGAAAUUUGGCUGAUGAAAUUAAAGAUCUUAUUGAUCAAUUAAGUGAUGGUGGAAAAUCAGUACAUGAAUUAGACAAGGCUCGUAAACGUGCUGAAUUAGAAAAAGAAGAAUUACAAGCUGCAUUAGAAGAUGCUGAAUCAACACUUGAACAAGAAGAAGCUAAAGUACUUCGUGUUCAAUUAGAAUUAAGUACUGUUCGACAAGAAAUUGAUCGAAGAAUUCAUGAAAAAGAAGAAGAAUUUGAAAAUACAAGACGUAAUCAUCAACGUGCACUUGAAUCAAUGCAAGCUAGUUUAGAAGCUGAAGUACGAUCAAAAGCUGAAGCACUUAAACAGAAAAAGAAACUUGAAUCAGAUAUCAAUGAACUUGAAGUUGCACUUGAUCAUGCUAAUCGUACAAAUUCUGAUUUACAAAAAGCAUUAAAACGUAUUCAAGUUAGUGUAACAGAAUUACAAACACAAAUUGAAGAAGAACAACGACAACGUGAUGAAGCACGUGAAGCCGCUGCUACAGCUGAACGUCGUGCUAAUGUUAUAAUAAGUGAACUUGAAGAAUUACGUACAGCUUUAGAACAAGCUGAACGUGCACGUAAAGCAGCUGAAAAUGAAUUACAUGAUGCAGCUGAUCGUAUUAGUGAUGUAAGCACACAAAAUGCUAAUUUAUCAUCACAACGACGACAACUUGAAUCAACAAUAGCUGCUAUGCAAGCUGAUUUAGAUGAAGCUGUUAGUGAACUUAAGAAUAGUGAAGAACGUGCGAAAAAAGCUAGUAGUGAUGCUUCACGUCUUGUUGAAGAAUUACGUCAAGAACAAGAACAUGCUUUACAAGUUGAACGUUUACGUAAAGGUCUUGAACAACAAAUUAAAGAUCUUCAAACACGUCUUGAUGAAGCUGAAGCUAGUUCACUUAAAGGUGGAAAACGUAUUAUUUCUAAACUUGAACAACGCAUUCAUGAAUUAGAAACUGAAAAUGAAUUAGAACAAAAUCGUCAUCAAGAAACACUUAAAGAAUUACGUAAAAAUGAUCGACGUUUGAAAGAACUUGUAUUUCAAACUGAAGAAGAUCGUAAGAAUCAUGUACGUUUACAAGAUCUUACGGAAAAAUUACAAUCGAAGGUUAAAGUUUAUAAACGUCAAGUCGAAGAAGCUGAGGAAAUCGCUGCACUUAAUUUGGCUAAAUUUCGUAAAGUUCAAACAGAACUUGAAGAAUCAGCUGAACGUGCUGAUUCAGCUGAAAAUCAACUUGGAAAAUUACGUGCUAAAAAUCGAUCAUCGAUUAGUGUAGGUCGUACUACGGAAACUCAUGAAUUUCGUGAAUCAAGUACAGGAAUACGUGCAACUUCAACCAUCCGUGCUAGUUCAGUUCGUCAACGUUAA